UUUUCUCUCCCUUAUAUUACCACAUUUUCCUCUCUUUCAUUUCUCAUUCUCUCAACUUCACUUUUCUCUUUCCUAAAAGUGCUUUUGUCUUCAUAAUCAGUUAAAACAAUGUUGUCAGUAGCUCCUUCUGUUGAUGCUAAACAGACCACAGAAGUAUCCACUUCUGUUUCUGUACCUAAACUUGAACAAAUUAACAACCAAAAACAAAAACCUUGUGAUAGUUUUGAGGAUGAUUCUAUUUCUAUUUCUCUUUCUAACCAAACUACUCAUAUAUUCAAAUCAAAAUUACCAGAUAUACCUAUUUCUAACCACCUCCCACUUCAUACCUACUGCUUCGAAAACCUCUCCGAAUUUGCUGAUCGGCCUUGUCUAAUCGUCGCUGCCACCGGAAAAACAUAUACCUAUGCCGAAACCUAUCUCCAAUGCCAAAAAAUCGCGGCUGGUUUGUCCAAAUUAGGCAUCCAGAAAGGCGAUGUAAUCAUGAUUCUUCUACAAAACUCAGCUGAAUUUGUUCUCUCUUUCAUCGCUGCUUCCAUGAUUGGUGCGGUCGCAACCACCGCCAAUCCUUUCUACACCAGCGCUGAAAUCUUCAAACAAAUAAAAGCUUCUGAAACAAAACUCAUUAUUACACAAGCAAUGUACGUUGAUAAACUCCGUCAAAAGGAUCAGGUUGGUGCAGAAUUUGACUUUAAGGUGAUAACAACCGACGAACCACCGCUGAAUUGUUUACAUUUUUCGGUGAUUUCUGAGUCGAACGAAGAGGAUAUUCCGGUAGUGGAGAUCGAUCCAGAAGACGCGGUGGCGCUACCAUUUUCUUCAGGAACAACAGGAUUACCUAAAGGAGUGAUUCUAACACACAAGAGUUUAACAACAAGUGUGGCACAACAAGUGGAUGGAGAGAAUCCAAAUCUACAUUUAACAACAGAAGAUGUUCUUCUUUGUGUUCUUCCAUUGUUUCAUAUAUUUUCUCUCAACAGUGUGUUAUUGUGUGCACUGAGAGCAGGAAGUGGGGUUUUGUUGAUGCAUAAAUUUGAGAUUGGGACUUUGCUUGGUCUUAUACAAAAACAUAAGGUUACGGUGGCGAUGGUUGUUCCGCCGUUGGUUUUGGCGUUGGCGAAGAGUCCGUCGGUGGCGGAGUUUGAUCUGAGUUCAAUAAGGUUGGUGUUGUCUGGUGCUGCACCGUUAGGGAAGGAGCUUGAAGAAACUCUUCAUAAUAGAAUUCCUCAAGCUGUUUUGGGACAGGGGUACGGUAUGACAGAGGCAGGCCCGGUACUGUCCAUGUCUUUGGGCUUUGCAAAGAACCCAUUCCCAACAAGUUCAGGCUCAUGUGGCACUGUUGUAAGAAAUGCAGAGCUCAAAGUUCUUGACCCUGAAACUGGUCGUUCUCUUGGUUAUAAUCAACCUGGUGAAAUUUGCAUACGUGGCCAACAAAUCAUGAAAGGAUAUUUGAAUGAUGAAAAUGCAACAAAAACUACUAUUGAUGAGGAGGGUUGGCUUCAUACUGGUGAUGUUGGCUAUAUAGAUGACAAUGAUGAGAUUUUCAUAGUUGACAGAGUUAAAGAACUCAUCAAAUUCAAAGGCUUCCAAGUGCCCCCUGCUGAACUUGAAGGUCUUCUUGUAAGUCAUCCAUCUAUUGCAGAUGCAGCUGUUGUCCCGCAAAAGGAUGUUGCUGCUGGUGAAGUUCCUGUUGCCUUUGUGGUAAGAUCAAAUGGAAAUGAUCUAACUGAAGAGAUUGUAAAGGAGUUUAUAGCUAAACAGGUGGUAUUUUAUAAAAGACUGCACAAAGUAUAUUUUGUUCAUGCAAUUCCAAAGUCUCCUGCAGGAAAGAUAUUGAGGAAGGACCUGAAAGCAAAGCUAGAAAGCUCCACCUAAAUGUCUUAGAAGAUAUAUAGAAGCUUUAUCAUUCUUUUAUUGCUGAUAUAUCUUCCUUAUUUGUUCAUUUGUAUAUUUAGGUUUCAGCAAUAAUUUAUGUUUUCAUAAAUUCAAGAUAUAAAGACAAUCCAAGCAAUAGUUUUAUGUACAAACUGCUCCAUUGUAGUUUUAAGCCAAUUGCCUUAGCUUUUCUGUGGUUCCUUGUGCUUGUAAAAUGUUUGUAUAAUUAAGAUGAAAAAUUAAUAUAGAAAAAAAAAAAAAAAAA